AUGGGAAAAAGAGGAAGCAGUAAAAUUAACACCACCAAAGAGGUUUCUUCAAAGAAUGUAGGAAAAGCACAAGAUCUUCAGAAAGAAAUUGAUAGGAGGAAAGCUCAGUUCAAAUUAGGCUGGAGGGAGUCAACAUUAUACCCUGAUUGGAGGAAAGAAGAGUUCCAAACUGUAAAUGUGACUCUUGAUGAAGCCACUGCUCAUCCCAGACUCCUCCUAACUGAAGACGGGAGAGGAGUAACCUUGCAGGAAAUACAGCAAGAUCUACCCAGCUCCACACAGAGAUUUGUCUCCAUUCCCUGUGUGCUGGGUCAGCUACAAAUCUGUUCGGGGAGAUACUACUGGGAGGUGGAAGUUGGGGACCUGCAUUCCUGGGACCUGGGAGUUUGUAGGGAUAAUGUAUCAAGGAAGGGGACUUUCCAAAUGUCCCCACAGAAUGGUUUCUGGGCCAUUAGGCUCUACCAGGAGGAUUGCUGGGCCCUUACCAUCUCAGAAACUCAUCUUACUCUAAGAGAAAAACCCCUUAGUGUGGGGAUAUUCCUGGAUUAUGAGGCUGGAGAUGUAUCUUUCUAUAAUAUGACAGAUGAAUCCCACAUUUUCACAUUUUCCAAACAGACAUUUUAUGGUGUCCUAAGACCAUUUUUCAGACUUUGGUCCCCUGACUCUGGCCCCUUGACCAUUGUCCAGGUGGAGUAG